CCAUUGACAAUGACAGACAAAAAGUUUUCAAUUCUCACCUUCUCUUUCGCCAUUGAUUUCCUCUGUAGCUCCGUUUGGCAAUUCCAUUUGUAGGCCACCUGCUCAUCUCCUCCUUCUCUCCCAUGUCUUCCUUCGUUAAUUCCAAUGCUACUUCCUUCUUAUUGUUCUCGUCGCUUGCAUUUCCCUCUUCCUGAUCCGCCCAUCAAUUCCUCGCUCUCUUUUGAUUCCUGAUUCGUUUUUGUCUCGAUGGCUCCGAUCAAGCUCAAGCAAUCCCCCAACUCCGCUGCCAAAUCCGUUGCUUCCUCCACCGAAGCGCGCAUUCUCGUCCGGGAAACUCUGCGGAUCAGUGCUAGCUUGGCGUCUGCUCCUGCUGACUCUGUCCCCCCGGCGCUCUCUCUUGCUGGACCGCAGGCGAGGAAGCUUGGUAUUGUGGAGGACCAGUUCCUUGAUUCCAGCUUGAGGUUGAUUUGCUGCGAGGAAAUCGACGGCCGCAGGUGGAAUUAUGUAGCUGAUAAUGAACCAUCCGGGAGGACCAAGAACGGGGCGAUCCGCGCCAUUUGCCUGCAAACGCCGCUAGCUCCUAUCGAUGAGAUGAUGUCCUUCGUAAGAUCAUAUGUAGUCCCAGAAGGCUUCCCUGACAGUGUUACCCCUUCAUAUGUACCGUACAUGACGUGGAGGGCUUUAAAGCACUUCUUUGGUGGAGCUAUGGGUGUUUUCACAACACAGACGCUAUUAAACUCUGUUGGUGUGGCCAGAAAUAAAGCUACUCCUGGGGCCAUUGCUAUUAACUGGAUUCUAAAGGACGGUGCUGGUCGUGUUGGUAAAAUGCUCUUUGCUCGACAAGGGAAAAAAUUUGAUUAUGAUCUCAAGCAGCUACGUUUUGCAGGUGAUCUCCUUAUGGAGUUGGGUGCUGGGGUAGAGCUGGCAACUGCUGCUGCACCACAUCUUUUUCUUCCUUUGGCUUGUGCUGCUAAUGUUGCCAAGAACGUUGCAGCUGUAACAUCAACAUCAACCCGCACUCCAAUUUACAAAGCCUUUGCAAAAGGAGAAAACAUUGGAGAUGUCACUGCUAAAGGAGAAUGCGUGGGAAAUAUAGCAGAUCUGCUAGGGACUGGACUAAGCAUAAUAAUUUCAAAAAGAAAUCCAUCUUUGGUUACUACUUUUGGUCUCCUUUCAUGCGGUUAUAUUUUCAGCUCUUAUCGAGAGGUCAGAUCUGUUGUGUUGCAUACGUUGAACAGAGCGAGAUUCAAUGUAGCAGUAGAGUCUUUCAUACAAACAGGGCGAGUACCCUCAUUGCAGAAGGGGAAUAUGAACGAAAGAAUAUUAAGUUUCCCGUGGCUGAAGGAGAGUCCAGUAGUUCUUGGACCAAGAUUCAAGGACGCAUUCCAAGAUGCUGGUUCAUAUCUUGCCAUAGAGCCCUUGUUUGAUAGAGAAAAAUACAUUGUGACGUACAACCAAACUAAGGGCAAGGUAUAUGCAUUACUCAAAGAUCAAGCGAAGUCAGAUGACAUCCUAAAAGCUGCUUUCCAUGCUCAUGUGCUUUUACAUUUUAUACGCUCAUCAAGUGGGGGUCAGAACUCUUCUCGAAAACAUGGUGAUGCCUUUUCAAACUUUGUGCCAGCAACGACCAAUCUUGAGGCACAAAUUGCUGCAUCAUGUAAAAUGGUCUCAACCUCAUAUGAUAUUUUCAAGAGUAAAGCUUUAGAGCAGGGAUGGGUGAUGGCAGAAUCACUACUCAAUCCUGGUAGAGCUCGAUUAUGUCACAGAUAAAUAACUAUGGACAAGAUGUUCAUCAGUUAAUACACAAGCGGGUAAUAUAUAUUUCAAAGAUACAAAGGCUUGCACCAGUUUACCAUUGAUUUCUGGAGAAUAUCAAGUCUCUUUGAUUCGUGGAGAUCCUCGUCAGACGACAAGCCAGUUGCUUUCCAGUUUAUAGGUUCAAAAAUGGUCCAGUUAAGGGUUCAAGUCCAAUGAAUUGGUAACAAAAAUCCAGUUGAAGUUUAACAACAGGUAAGUUUAUGUAUAUGCGCCUCAGCCCCCAUCUCUUUAUCCAUUUCCAGGAAUCUCUCUGUUUGCUGUUAGGAUACUAAAAUUUUGUUGCUAGUAUGCUUUUUCCACCGAGUAUUUUUGCAUGGUACAUAUAUCUUUAGGCUCUUUCAGUAUUACUUUUUGCAACUCUCUCUCUCACUUUCUCUCAACAUUUAUGGUAGCUGGAGGAUUUGGUGAUGUGAUAGGUUGUACCAAACAUUUCAUAAUGUCGUUUGAUUACAACUUUCAAUUAUUUCAGCCACUAGAUAUAUCUGUUAAACUA